AUGGGUGUCAUGCGUUUGCCUCGCCCAGCCGGCGUGUAUGUGCCAAACUCUCCCACCCGGGGUCUCACAAGCGAGAUGAUCUCCUCCCCAUUAUCUCCAGAGUUCAACUUUGACUCGGAGACCCUCACCCCUUCCAUUAUUCCCGCUCUCGAGUACGUCUCCUCCAAACUGGAGCAGCGGAUGAUGCACGUCACUCUCCUGGUCGGCCGUGGGAAGCCCUACCCAACAGGCCAACCAUCCGAUCUCAUCGUCAUCCCCAUCACCCCGCUGGAUGAGACUGCCUGGCGGAUCGUGUACCGCACGGUGGCCAAGGGAGCCAGCAAAUUCUCCCUCGGCCCCAGUUGGACCGAUGCCCUGAACCGGAGCCAGCACGAGCGCCAGGCCCACGACUACCUGAUUCAGCAGUCGAUCAUGCAGAAUGAAGUGAUUUUCAGUCGGGAGGGCCUGACGCUGCUCAACGUGGACCGCAUCUAUACCCUCAAGCGCCGACUGUGCAUUCUUUCCCAUCGGAGCACCCCGCCCGAAGACACCUACAUCACCUCGUGCGCACAACUCCUCCAGCGUACUAUCAAAGACUUCCAUGGCCGUCCCUUCAGCAGGGGCUUCUUCCAUCGCGUCUAUGAGCAGCUGGAUGUACCCGACGAGCUCCUCACCCAGGUGGCGACUUCCUUCAGAAAGCAAUACAAGCAGGAGGGGAUUAUUAUGCCUCCUCGGCCAAAGGCCGAGCUUGCUCGCAAAUCACCACUCCGCGCGAUCCGAGCAGCCCGUCGACAGAACCCCCCACCGACGAGAUACAACCUGCCCACCAAACGAGGGCCCAAGACCCCGCUGUCUGCAUCCGAUGUGACUCCGAUUACUCGGAACGAAUGGAAUAUGCUGGUCGUAACAGACUUUCCUUGUGGCAAGGCGACCGUUACCAAGUGGACCCCGUCGCCAACGGUUAUGGCUGCCGCGUGA